AUGGAUGUCAAAUCGGUGCUUGAGCAAUAUGUAUUGAAGAGGUGGACAAAGUUAGCUAGAAGUGGGGAAUUGCCUAAUGGUUCGACUAAUCAUGUAGAAAAAGAUGCUCAUUUGUCUACAACUCAAAGUUAUGCAGAGAUUUGCCCUCACCUUAUUAGAAUAGCCACAGAAGCAUGUAGAAGUAAAGAAACAACCGUGUUUUUGAACAAAGUUGUUGAUUUAUUGGAGAAUCAAAUGCUAGAGUUUCAAAAGAAAGAAGUGAAUACUACAGAAAUUGAUGUCUUCCUUGGCAAAGUUAAAGAGAUUGGAAACAACAAUGACAGUUCAACACAAGUCAUAGGGUUCAAGAAAAAAGAAGGUAGAAAAGGUUCUAAACGUUUGAAAAGUUGGGUAGAGAACCAACAUGGCAAAAGAAAGAAAAAUAGUGCCUCACGUGCUUCACAGAGUCAACAACAUACUAAGGGAGGUAGUGAUGUUUUGGGUGCCUCAAGUGCUUCACAAAGUCUACAACGCACAAUGGGAGGCAAUGACACUUUGAGCCAAUUUGGUAUUAACAAUUUUACAAAUUUAUUGAUGGCAGAAGACGAUGAAGACAUCACAACUUUAAUCAAUACAUAA